UUUUUUUUUUUUCUUUACUUUCUUUAGAUCACAUCAUUAUAUACCCCGCUUAAUAAUUUCUUCUAUUUGGUUGUUCUAUUAUAUGGAUUACACAACUAUUGAUUAUUAUUUUGAUGAUAUUGAAAGCUUUUAUACUGGUAACAGUAGACGGAACAAGAAGAAAAAGAAGAAGAAAAAAAGUCUAAUAUGAUUAUUUAUUAUUACUAGAAUUAGGGGAUGUAUUACAACAACCUUAUACAACUGAUCAAGAUGUUCAACAUAUUACUACUCAAUACAUUCAAUUCUUAGUUCGUUUUCAAAAGGAAUUCAUCACAAAUCACGCGCAAAUGGCUCAAGUUGCCUAUAAAUUGAUAGACUCAACAUUUUAUUUAGAACAUAGUACAACCAUUCUCAGUCAUAUCAUACAUGCUCACGCCUUACUUUGUCAUGAUACCUCGAUACUUAUUAUCACUUAUUGCCUUUUAUUAUAUGCUGGAAAAGAAGACCCAAGAUGGAUGCAAUAUGUUGUAUCGGAUGCUACUCAAAGUAAAAGAAAUCGACUUUUUUGCAAAAUAAUGGAUGAAUUAGAAUCUUUUGUAUUGGAUCGAAAAAUGAUGGGUAUCGCUUUAUCUUUGGCAUUUGAAAUGGGAAAAGUUGCAAAAUUCCGUCGUCUUGAUUUAGAUGUUAUUUCUAUCAACAAAUUGGAUUUUUUAUUGGACUUGGUGGAAUCAACUCGACAGGAUAAUGAAGAAUCAUUCAAUUAUGAAAUCAUUAGACUUCUUUUGGUAUUCAAUGAACAAUUCAUGAUGUCUCAAAAUAGACCUAAUCUAAUGGUAGAUGCUUUAAUCAAUCGAUUGGGAUCUACAACAACUUUUGGUGAAAAUCUGAUUUUUAUGUUAAAUCGAUCUGAUGAUGCUUGUGUUCAACUUCUCAUUCUCAAGUUACUCUAUUGUGUUUUUAUGGAACCUAAACUAUAUGAAUACUUUUAUACAAAUGAUUUAUAUGUCCUUGUUGAUAUUACUUUGCGUGAAGUAUGUGAUCUUGGUGAUGACAGAGAAUCAGAAGCUCUUCGGGAUGCAUAUCUACGUAUAUUGAAACCUUUACUUAUUAAUACUCAACUUCGUUACAAGCCUUACAAAAAAACUGAUAUUCAUCAAGUAUUGUGCUCAUUGAUUACACCCUAUAUGCAUCGAAAUGUAGAACCAAGCUCCAAACGACUGGCUCAACGUAUAUUAGAAGAUUGGUGGGAAAAGAUUUGUGAACAAAAAGUGGCUCCUGUUCUCGGAGUAGAUGUCAAAAAUGCAAUUGUACAUAGUGGAACUGGAUUUCACCAUUCAGCUAUCAUCAAACCUUCUACUUCUCCUAUUCCUCCGUCCUCAUCUCCUUCUUCGUCCUCUACCUCUUCUUUACCUUUAUUCAAACAUGAUGGUUCCCUUUCUCCUACUGAAAACCCAUCUUCUUCUUCAUCUUUAUCAAGCCCCUCCUCUGUCAAAAAUUAGAUCAUCUCUCCAUUCUUUUUUUUUUUUUUAUCUUAGUACUUUAUUUAUUGAUACCAUUUACAUCUUUUGAUGUCUGAAAUAAACUUUUGGAAUUUUUUUUUCUGGUAAAUUCACAUUAUUCCAUUUUCAUUAAUAACAUUCGAUUUCUCUUCCUUUUUUCUGGGGGUGUGGUGAUGACUG